GUAGGGCAGCCCCGUGCCCCUGCUUUCUGGCCAGCACCCGACAACCUGUUAGGGUCAAUACUGCUCCAAGUAGGGGCCGCCUUCUGUGGCCACAGCUGUGCCUGGUGCCAGAGCUCUCCCCUGAGCUCAGAGCCCAGCUGCGGUCUGACACACACAGGUGUGCGUUUGCUGGUAGGGGAUGGUUCCUCUGGAAAUGCCAGGGAAAGAUCCACAGGCCCUGGGGGGUCUCCCCUCUCAGCACUUUUCCUUGCAACUUGAAGGGAAUCUCUUUCUUGCCCUGGGGUGGGCCUCAGAUGCUAGACAGAAAGUAUCUGGCCCAGUCUCUCCAUCCCACUGGCUGCAGUUGCUCCCCUGAGAUCAGGGCAGGUUCUGGCUUGGUGAUAGCUGGCUGUGUUAGAGGAGGGUCUGCCAUAGCUUUGCACCUGGCACCAUGGGCAGGUCCCAGUGAGCCCCUCCUUCCCUACAAGGACCUGCAGCCAUGUGGCUUGCGGUGGUUUUUGGCAUGCUCUCCCCAGGGCUGGCUGGUCUAGGACCUUACAUGCCUUGGGGCUCUGGAGGAGGUUCCUUUCUCCAGUGCUAGGGAGGCUGCAAUGCCUGACCCUGGGGCGUGGAUCUCUCCGUUCAGAGUCUUGAUGCCAGUGGACGGUUAGAACCAGCUGUGCUUGGCUCCGGCAGCACACGAAGGAGCGGAGAACUUCCUCCACUGCUGGAGCUAGAACAGAGGAAGAGGCCAGUCUUGCUGUGGAGCCCCCAAGUGGCCCUGGGUGCAGCAUGCAAUGGUUAAUCAUUGAAACACAAACACCUUUAGUUCUAGUCUGAUUUUUAUUCAGCUUCCAGACAUUGGAGCUUGUUCUGCCUUUGUCUCGAGUAAAGCUCCCUCUCCCGUCAAAUCUUUCUGCCAUGUGGGAACUCGGACUGUGAUCCAUUCACCUCGUAACUGUCGCUGGUAAACUAAACAAUUGAUCCUCUGGCUCUCACCAGGCAGGGAAUCGUGCUACUGGCUCUCUUUGGAACCUUUCCAAGGGUUCUCAGCAUCCUUUUGGAAGUGCGGCCCCCAGAACUGGACACAGCAUCUAGUAACAGUCUCGCUAUGGCCGUCUGCAGAGGUGACACCGCCUGCCUCGUCCUGCUGAUAGUUACCAGUUAGAGAAUAUUUCAAUAAGUUUGAUGGUUUCGAGGCAGCAGGGCCUGAGGAAAUUCAUCCUAGGGUACAAAGGAACUAGCAGACGCCAUCUCAGAACCAUUAGCAAUUAAAUAUCUUGGAGAACUUAGGGGAGGGGUGAGGUCCCAGAGGACUCGAGAAGGGCACACAGGUAAAAAAGGGGAACAAAGGGGACCCAGGGAAUUACAGACCAGUCAGCCUAACUUCAAUACCUGGAAAGAUACUGGAACAAACUAUGACACAAUCCAUUUGUGAGCACCUAGAGGAUAACAGGUUAUAAGGAACAGCCAGUGUGGAUUUGUCAAGAACCCACCUCAUCUUCUUCUUUGACAGGGUCACUGGCCUAGCGGAUGGGGGAAGCCACAGACGUGAUGUCUCGAUUUUAGCGGGGCUUGUGACACAGUCCCGCAUGACAUUCUCAGAAGCAAACUGGGGAAGUUCGGGCGAGAUGGAAUUACUAGAAGAUGGGUGUCCAACUGGCUGAACAAUCGUCCUCAAUGAGGAGUUAUCAGUGGCUUGCUGUCAAACUGGGAGAGCGGAGCUAGUGCAGACAUCGGUCCUGAGGCUGGUCCUAGUCACUAUUUUCGUCCCUGACUUGGGUAACGGAGUGGGGAGGGUGCUUAUAAAAUCCACAGCUGACACCAAGCUAGGAGGGGUUGCAAGCAUUUAGGAGGGCAGGAUUAGAGUUCAAAAGGACCCUGACAAAUUAAAGAAUUGGUCUAAAAUCAAUAAGAUUAAAUUAAAUAAAGACAAGUGCAAAGUACUACAUUUAGGAAGGAAAAAUCAAACGUCCAGCUACAAAACGGGGAAUAACUGGCCAAGUGAUAGCCCUGCUGAAAAGGGUCUGGGGUUACAGUGGAUCACAAAUUGAACAUGAGUCAACAAUAUGAUGCAGCUGCAAAAAAAGGCUAAUAUCACCCUGGUGGUGUAUGAACAGGAGUGUCGUACGUAAGCCGGGGAGGUCACUGUCCCGCUCUGCUCAGCACUGGUGAGGCCCCAGCUGGAGCGUCCAGUUCUGGGUGCGGCACACUAGGAAAAAUGUGGACCAAUAGGAGGGAGUCCAGAAGAGAGCAACAAAAAAUUGAUCAAAGGUUUAGAAAGCCUGACCUAUGAGGAAAGGUUAAAACACCGGGCGUGUUUAGUCUUGACAAAAGAAACUCACCAAGGGGUGGGUACCUGAUAAGUUUCCAGUUAUGUGAAGGGCUGUUCGAAAGAGGAUUGUGAUCAGUUGUUCUCCAUGUCACUGAAGGCAGGACAAGAAGCAAUGGGCUUUGUCUGCAGCCAAAGAGAUUGAGGUUAGAUAUUAGGAAAACUUCUUAACUCUCAGGGUGGUUAAUCUGUGGAACAGGCUUCUGGAGAGGUUGUGGAAUCCCCAUCAUUGGAAGAUUUUAAGACCAGGUUGGACAAACACCUGCCAAGGAGGGUCCAGCUUUUCUUAGUCCUGCUUCAGUGUAGGGGGCUGGGCUCGGUGACAUGUCGAGGUGGUUCCAGCCCUUCAUUUCUGUAACACGGUGAUUCCUUGCUCAUAUAGCCAAGGAUCAUGUUCGCCCUCCUGGCGACAGCACCGUGCAGGGUGCUCCCAUUCAGCAGGUUUGUCAUAAGCCCAAGUCCUGGUCUGCGUUGCUGCUUUCCAAGGUGCUGUCCCCCAGCCUGGGAGUGCGGCCAGUCCUCCAGGUUCCUGCGUGUAGGUGGGUUAAAGGCAUGGGGCUGAGCCCACUUUACCGUGUGAUGCGAAUCACUCUGCAGAACUGACCCGUCAGCAGUUAUCACGCCAACAAUUUUUGUCCUCUGCAAAAUUAGAGCAACUGCUUUAUCUUCAGCCAGAUGAUACUGACAGCCUUUGGCCAAAACCAGACCCCUGCCGGACCCCUCUAGAAACCAGAUGUAUGUAAAGGGCAGGCCACCUCCCCGCUGCCCUCUUAUGGCCAGGGGUGGCUCUGCAGCACCCGGCCUUGGUUUCCCCUUCGCAGGUUCCCAGGAAUGCUCCAUGGAGGCUUCCAUGCAAUACCAACCCCCUUCCUUGGGGACUGGUUCAUUAACAUAAAGCAAACCCAAAGGUAAGUCUUUGCUCCACCAGCCUCCCACGGGGUGCAGCACCUCAUCCCUGAGCUCUGGCUGGCUCCCAGCCUCUCCAUUUGGCCCAAUUUUUAGCCUUUCCUAGGUUCUGCUCAGUCUGUCCCUGUGAGCUCGGGGGUUGCACAGGCCUCCUUGCUGGGCCUGUGUUUCAGCUUCCCCAGCUGCGUCCUUCAGGUGCCUUAUUCAGCAGUUCUCGGUCAUUCUUCCCCUUCCCUCCUUGGGCUGAGAAGUCCAGACGGCACCCCUCCCCUGCUGCUGGCUCCCCUUCAGGGCCCAGGGGCUUCCUGUAAACCCAGUUGGGCACCAAGUAAUCAGUCAUGGGUGCUCCAGCCCUGCUCCAUCUUAAAGGGGCCAGUCAUCCCGUGACAGCCUCUGGGGACGAAAAUAUCCCAUUGAUAAUUGCUUUUGGAAUCUGUCAGCCAGUUUCUAGUCCAUUUAAUCUGUGCUUCAUUAAGAACUAGCACUAUACAAAUGCAAUCAAUUAAUAAUGUAAUCGAGGACUGUGGGGCUACAGUUAAAUACCUUACAGAAAUCUAACUGUCCUGUCAAGUUACCUUUACUAACUAUGGCUGUAAUCUCAAAACAAUACCAAGUUUGUUUGACAAGACCUGUUUAUUGUGAAACUACGCGGAUAGACAUUAUUUAUGCUGCUCUCCUCUUUAUUCUUUACCGAUUGCAUCCUGUAGCAGCUUUUCUAUGAUAUUGCCCAGGAUUAACAUCAGACUAAUUGGCCGAUAGUUACCCGGCUCAUCUCACUUAAGCUAAAAGGGGGGCACCGUCGGCUGCUCGGCACAGCGAUGGGAAGGAGCUGGGCUGGGCGCUCUUGGUUUGGACGGGGCUACCCAGCCUGGCCUGCGGCUCUGCAGAUCCCUGCGGCGGACGAGCCCCUCCGGAGUGCCCACCCGCCCGGUCGUCCCUGCCUGGUGCCUGGGGAGCAGGGCAGGCCCUGACCCUCGCCCCCCCGGCUCUGCCUCCCAUCCGUCCCCAGCGCGGGGAGCAGGCGCCAUGGCAACGGGUGCUGGCAGCACGGGGGCAGCCCUGAGCCAGUGACGAGACAUCGGCGCUGGCACCUGGGCCCAGGCGAUGGGCAGCGGGCGUGCAGUGCUCUGGGCCCUGCCUGCCUGCAGCUGAGGGGCGCCCCGGCCCCCGGCCCAGCCACCAUGGCGAUGUCCCAGGGCACCUACACCUUUCUCACCUGCUUCGCCGGCUUCUGGCUCAUCUGGGGCCUCGUCGUGCUGCUCUGCUGCUUCUGCAGCUCCCUGCGGCGCCGUCUGAAGAGCCAGCAGGAGCAGCGGCUGCGGGAGCAGAACCUGCGUGCGCUGGAGAUGGAGCCGCUGCACUACGAGGGCUUCUCGGGCAGCCCCCCCAGCAUGGCCACAGCCAUCCCCCCCCGGCUGCGCCUGGAGCCGCGCCACCCCCCCGCCCCGGCCCCCCGGCCCUGGAGCUACAGGCACGAGUCGGACCUGUCCAAGCCCCCGUGCUACGAGGAGGCGCUGCUCAUGGCUGAGCCACCGCCGCCCUACAGCGAGGUGCUCAUGGACACUCGGGGGCUGUACCGCAAGAUCAACGCCCCGUUCCUGAGCCACGAGCGCCCCGAGAAACAGGAGCAGCCCCCCAGCUACAAGCCCCUCUUCCUGGACCGAGGCUACAGCUCAGCCCUGCACCUGCCCAGCUCUGCCAGCCAGGGCCCCGCCUGCCCUGCCCUCUACUUGGAGGCUGAGCACGCCCAGCGCAUGUUCCCCAGCUGGAUGGACUCGGAGCUCAGUGGCAGGGACACGUAUGAACCGGGAGCCUGGCACCUCCCUGUCUCCAUGCCCUUGUUUGGCAGGACUACGGCGGUUUAGGGGCCUGCCGGGCAGAGUGCCACACUGGAGCCUGUAUGGACUGGGGCUGCAGCAGGGCCUGCCUGGGCUCAAGCUGCCCCUUCUCCUUGGGAGCCGGCCCUGGGCCCCACCUCAGGGCUAGUGCAAACCCUGCCUGGACAAUGUGAAGCGCUUCCUGCUGCGGCCAGUGUGUGAGGGGCUGGUCCCCAUCUCGCCCCGUGGGCCCCUGCAGGCGCCCUUGGUGCUGACUGGGGCUCCAAGCAGGCCCUGCACUUGGCUCUUUCCUAGUUUGUUUGUUACAGUUUGAGAAUAAAAGUUUGUGGCACCAGAUUAAUUCCAAGCAGGGCCAGGCUGCCUGGGCGGGGGGGACUCGGGGCAGGCUCCACCCUGCCCUCCACAAGGGGGCUUGGAGCGUCCCUCUCAGCAGGUGAGUCCAGCCCCACAGGGCUGGGCAGAUCAGCCUGGAUCCACUCUCCCCCAGGGCAGGCUGGGCCUCCGUCACAGCACAGGUGCCCGCUGACCCUGCAGGCUGCCGAGGCCCAGAGCCCAGCUCCUGCAGCCAGGGCUGGAGCAGGGUGGCCUCCCCCAUGCACUCACCAGCCCAGCUCACUGCCCCUCCCACAGAAAGCAGCCAGGCUCAGCCCAGGCCAGGGUGGAGGCUUUAUUUAUUA